UAUAUAUGUAUUGAUAUUGCAUAUCAUUAUAGCAAAUGGUGUCAAAAAUUCAAUUAUUGGUCCUCGCGUGGUAUCCCGGGUCCGAAACCCAUACCAUAUUUUGGCAACACUUUAAGCCCAUUCCUAAAGCCCAGACCAUUCGUCGAGAUGGAGUGGUAUAACACAUACGGCCGACUCUACGGUAAAUACAACUGCGGACAACCGGUGCCAAUGGUGGCGGACCCGGCGCUCGUCCGACAAAUACUGGUGAAAGACUUUAACAAAUUCCGGAACCGGGACUUCAAGAAAGUGAGUCAAAUCAUGUCGUCAAACCUGUUCAGCACUCGGGACGGCCACUGGAAACGGAUCCGCGCCAUAGCCAGCCCUACCUUCACAUCGGCUAAACUCAAGCACAUGUAUCCACUAAUCAACUCGUGUUGCGGCGACUUCUUGGCCGCACUCGAGCGGGACGUCAGCGCCGGUAAGUCGGCCGUAGAGUUGAAACGAUUGAUGUGCGCCUACACUAUGGACGUGAUCGCCAGCUGCGCCUUCUCUAUCAAAACCAACUCCUAUAGCGACCCAAACAAUCCGUUCACUACAAAAGCCAACCGCAUAUUGAAUAUGUUUGGCUCGUCUGCGGCCAACCUAUUGAACACAUUAUUACCCGCUUUUCUAUUCAACAAUCGGUUGACUAAAUGUUUGGUAACCAUAGGGUUAACAAAUAUAGUCUUCUUCAUCGGUCUCUCCCAACGGUUAAUCUCUGAGCGCAAAAAGUCGGGCAAAAAACACAACGAUAUCUUACAGUACUUUAUGGACGUCAAGAGAGAAGACAGCAUCCCGUCCACGACUACGGGCGCCGACUCUGACCAACUGAUGGCUGAGAAACAGGCGCUGAGCGGAGUCGUGGAGCGGCGGCUGACCGACGACGAAGUGGUCGCUCAGUCGGUGAUGUUUUUUCUGGCCGGCGUCGAGGGGACGGCAAUCACUCUGUCCUAUUUGGUCUACGAGUUGGCACUCAAUCCCGAUAUACAGGACCUGUUGGUGGCGGAGACGGCGCCGGCGUUUAACGACAGCACCGGUGACAUUGACUACGAGAGCCUUUUACGGCUGCCACUCGUGGACGCCGUGGUGUCGGAAACGUUGCGCAAAUACACGCCGGCCUUGAGUCUAGUGCGUGAGGCCAUGGAGGACGUGGUGCUGACCAAUGAUACCGAUGGAUCCAAGUUUAAGAUUGAGAAGGGUAUGAAUGUUGAGAUACCGGUCUAUGCCAUACACCACGACCCGGACAACUAUCCCGACCCCGAGUGCUUCAAACCCGAGCGAUUUUUGCCCGAGAAUCGCCAUAACCUCAAACCCUAUACAUACCUGCCAUUUGGUGUCGGACCCCGUAAUUGCAUUGGUAUGCGUUUCGCACUGCUCGAGAUCAAAUUAGCCAUGGUCAAACUGGUCCGACAGUUCCGUUUCUACCGUUUGCCCAACACUGAUGUGCCCGCAGUGUUCACUAGGGGUCGGAUAUAUUUACUGUGUCAUAUGGAAAUUGCAUUUCUCCAAAUACAA